AUGCACUGCUGUACUCAGUGUGCGGCAGGAGUUGGGAUGUCCAGCACGCUGCGUCACAUGAUGGAACAGGGCAAGGAUCUAAUUCGGGACAGGAGAGUGUUCUUGAGGCGUGUUGUAAGCGAUAGCGUUCUCAUCAGUAGUGAUUUUGCAAGGUUGCGACGGGGAACUUCAGUUUUUGUCGUAUCAAAAGGCUUGAAGAUCCCAUGCCAUAAUAUGCCAUCUCGCCUCCCUGCCCUUCCCCCAGCUCUUUCGAAAGCCUUCAACUUCCUUAUUGUUGUAGACAAAUUAUUUUCGCUCGUUCUCCUCACAAUCCUGCUAUUUCUAGCAAUGUUAGCAACACACUUAAACAUCAAUCGAAACACGGAGACGCGAUCUCCUGAUACAACAGACUCUCCCAAUCGGUGCUCCAACUUUGCAAGAAUUUCAGACUCACCCCUCUCGACUACUUUCCCCACCCAUUCCUUCCAAAACUCAUUAUUUUAUACAGUAGGCGAAGAAGAAAAGGCUAAGCCUGAGCCGUUCAUCCACGACAGGGAGGUGUCUAUCUCCUUCACUCCAUGA